AUGGCUACUUGUCAAGGGCCUUCUGAGGUUGAAAAUAUCCGUCAGCCACGAGAAAAUUCAGUUAGCCACCCAGCAGACACUGCUGUCGAGGACGGCGAGUGUUUAGAAACAGACGAAAAUCCCAAGCUGAACGAUGAAAAUCAGUUGGCUGUGUUGGAUGCAAUCCAACAAUUAGGUGCCGAGAUGGCAUCUAUGAAACAUGAUCUGGCUCGGCUCAAAACAUCAAAGAGCAAACGCAAGCGUCACGCUAGUUCUGACGAAAGCGUGCUCAACACGUCCGAGGAAGAACGCGUGUUAGAGUCAGAUGACAGUCAGGAGAAGGAUAAUCCUACCCCUUCUGUUGAUACUCGUAUCCAAUCUUUAAUUGCCAGGAGAGAACAAACCUCAGCUGCAGAUAAUAUAGACAUUGGAGGCUUGUUGGGCGAAAUUGCACUCGACAUACAAGUUAAAGAACAAACUGGCAAGGCUGUCAACGACGAGCUCGACGCCAUUGUGGAUUCUUUAUUGGCGGAAAAACUCCCUGACACAAAACUGCAGGCGAAAGUGGAUCUUUAUCCGCGGCCUGACAAUGUCAACGGGCUAAAAAACCCUCGAGUUAACCAAUUAAUUUGGCAACAGCUCGCCAUGAUUGUGAAAACGUACGAUUCGAAACAGCAGAGUACACAGACAACUCUGCUAGCUUGCGUGGCGGCCAUGUUGCGUGUCGCUGAUCUGGCUUCUCGAGAAAAACUUAGACAAGACGAUUAUUACCAGCACUACGGACGCCAUAGCAUUAGCAUUACAAUGCCAUCACGACCUGAAUGCACUCAGGCGAUUUCACAUGAAGAGGGAACUUCAUGA